GUUUAAACUUGACAGACGUCAAAAUCGUACCGCUAAAGGAAUGGCAGCUCCACAAGCACGUCCCCCCAUGGACGAUGAGCGCGUUAAGGCUCUCACCACAUACCGCACCAAGCUUUUGGAGCACCGCGAGAUUGAGUCGCGUUUGAAGUCGCUUCGGGACAAGCACAAGGUACUCAGUGUCCAGUACGAGAAGUCCGAGGACGACCUGCGGGCGCUGCAGAGCGUGGGUCAGAUGCUCGGGGAGGUCCUCAAGCAGCUGACCCCGGACAACUUCAUUGUCAAGGCUUCGAAUGGACCGCGCUACGUGGUCGGAUGUCGGCGGCAGAUCAACAAGGAUAAACUCAAGGCCGGCACUCGGGUCGCCCUCGAUGUGACCACUCUGACCAUAAUGCGAUACUUGCCGCGCGAAGUGGAUCCCCUGGUCUACAACAUGACGCACGAGGAUCCGGGAAACGUCAACUACGCCGAGAUCGGCGGUCUUGGCCAGCAGAUCCGUGAGCUUCGCGAGGUCAUUGAACUGCCGCUCCUCAAUCCAGAGAUCUUCCUGCGCGUGGGUAUCAGUCCGCCAAAGGGAUGUCUGCUCUAUGGGCCACCUGGCACCGGCAAAACCCUCCUGGCCCGCGCCAUCGCCUCCCAGAUGGACGCCAACUUUCUGAAGGUGGUUUCAUCGGCCAUUGUGGACAAGUAUAUUGGAGAGAGUGCCCGUCUAAUUCGCGAGAUGUUUGCAUACGCCCGCGACCACCAGCCGUGCAUCAUAUUCAUGGACGAGAUCGACGCCAUCGGAGGGCGGCGUUUCUCCGAAGGAACUUCCGCCGAUCGCGAGAUCCAGCGCACGCUAAUGGAGCUGCUCAACCAGAUGGAUGGCUUUGAUGCCCUGGGCCAGGUAAAAAUGAUAAUGGCCACCAAUCGGCCGGACACACUGGAUCCUGCCCUCCUGCGUCCAGGUCGCCUGGAUCGCAAGCUCGAGAUCCCGCUUCCCAACGAGGUGGCUCGCAUGGACAUCCUCAAGAUUCACGCCGGACCACUGUCGAAAGGCGGGGAAAUUGACUACGAAGCGGUGGUUAAGCUGUCGGACAUGUUUAAUGGCGCCGAUCUACGGAACAUUUGCACGGAGGCCGGGCUGUUUGCCCUGCGCUCCGAUCGAGAGUAUGUUGUGCAGGAGGAUUUCAUGAAGGCUGUUCGCAAAAUCGCCGACAACAAGAAGUUGGAAUCGCGGUUGGACUACAAGCCCAUUUAGGAAUCAAUUGUGCGACUUAUUUAAAUAAAAGAUUGUCAUAAAACGCUGUCAAUUGCCAGCACAAAACCGAUCUCAGAUUAAAGAAAGCAUCUAAACAAUCCGAAAUUAGGAUAAAUCUAAACAAUUCGAAAUUAGUAUCCUUAUUUCUACCUCAAAAUAAUUUUUAGUAUCGAGACUAAAACAUUUUCUCGAAGCGCGUGUAUACGAAUGCUAAGAAAUAUAUGUAAAAAAUAAAAAAAAGAAAAUUUCGGAAACAGGUUUUAUUUUAACUAUUAUAAAUUAAAAUUAAGGAUGCAAAAGCACCUUAGUCUAGGCUGUGAUGUUGCAGAAAGCUCGACAAACGUUUCCAAUAAAAACAAAACUAAAUCAAAACAAUUACCAUUGAAAAUAAUGUUAUAUUUGCUUUGCUAUGCUGUGAAAAGUCAUUUGCUUCGACAGCAUUUCGAACUGCCAAAAGUAUUGCUGUGAGCAAUUGGAAAGAAAAUUUUAUAUUCAUAAAAAAUGAUGAAACAAAAUUUUUUUAAAUAAAGUCCCAAAGUAAAAGUAAUAUUCUCCAUUAUUAUCAAGCUUGAAAUGUGUUGCUGUUACAGUGGCAGUCGGAUUUUGCUUCCCAAGCUCUCACACCCAAGUCAGAAACAUUGCUUCUGCUUUUGUUGAUAAU